GUUCUUUGUUACCAUAUCUGCCCAUUUCUCCUUACUCUGGACAUGGUGCAAAAAGCAUGACGAUGCCAAGAUGUUCUCUAGCUUCACUCAGUUUGUCGCCUGCGAAUGAUGGCUUUAUGAAUGGAUUUACAGUCCAUCAGAUAGGACAAUUACAUUGUUUGAUACAUGAGCAUGUUCAACUUCUUAUUCAGGUUUUUGCGGUUUGUGUUCUUGAGCCGGCCAGACGGCACAUUGCUUCUGAUGUUCGGGAAUUGAUAUCACAAAUGCUUCAUAAACGUGAUGAGUAUUAGCAAGUUGGAGUGUGCCAUAUCCCAGUUUUUGCUUCUUCUUCCCAUAUGUUCAUCCCUCAGUGUCUGAUGAACCUUCGAAGACUUCGCCUGCCCAAAUCACCAACAAAAUAUCUUCAGCACAUGUUUUGCAGGGAGACUGCUCAUCUGGAAGGCUCCUGGGUACCUUAUAUUAGUGGUCCAAUACUAUCUGUUCUUGAUGUGGCUCCGAUCAAAUUAGUCAAGGACUUCAUGGAUGACGUUUCUCAUGCUAUGCAAGAUUACAAACAUCGGCAAGUAGGAGGUAUGGAUGAUAUCUGCUCCGAGAAGGAACCCUUGUUUCCUGUGCAAAAUAUACAUUUUACUGCUGAACCUGAUGGUCAGGCUUCCUUGUAUUCAAACGGUGUGCCUCCUCCUUCAUCAAGUUUUCAAACAUCAAAGAAGACUAUGGCUGCUGUAUUAGUAGAAAAAGCUAAAAAACAGGCAGCUGCUCCUGUUCCAAAGGAGAUUGCUAAGUUAGCCCAGCGCUUUUUUCCUUUGUUUAAUCCCGCCCUGUAUCCCCAUAAGCCACCCCCUGCAGCGGUAGCAAACCAGGUGCUUUUUACUGAUGCAGAGGAUGAAUUAUUAGCAUUGGGUUUGAUGGAGUAUAAUACAGACUGGAGGGCAAUUCAGCAGCGCUAUCUUCCUGGCAAAUCUAAGCAUCAGAUUUUUGUCAGGCAGAAGAAUCGCUCAUCAUCUAAAGCACCUGAAAAUCCAAUAAAGGCGGUUCGGAGGAUAAAAAACUCUCCGUUGACAGUAGAAGAGGUUGCAUGUAUUAAAGAGGGUCUGAAGGUGUUCAAGCUUGACUGGAUGUCAGUGUGGAAGUUUAUUGUUCCUUAUAGAGAUCCUUCCUUGUUACCCCGGCAGUGUCGCAUUGCUAUUGGAACUCAGAAAUCAUAUAAAUCCGAUGCUAGUAAGAAGGCAAAACACCGGUUAUAUGAAGAGAGAAGAAAAUCAAAAGCAGCUGCUUUGGAAACUUGGCAUGUUUCUUCCGAAAAGGAGGAUAAUGUUGCUGACUAUGCUGUAACAGAAAAUAGUGGUGCAGAUAAUUGUACAGAAAGAGAUGAGGAAGCUUAUGUUCAUGAGGCCUUUUUGGCAGAUUGGAGGCCUGCUGUAUCCAGCAUCCAAGUGAAUCAUUCUAUGUCAGACCUGGCAGAGAAAAUUCCUCCUGCUCAGCUAUUGGGAGAUGAGAGUUCUCCAGUUGCUGAAGAGAUGAAUAGCAGUCGUUCUGGAAAUGGGCAAUCGCACAUCUCUAACGAGUUCCCUGUUUCUCUGAGGGCCUCAAAAACGGAGUCCUUUUCGCGGCCAUACCGAGCCCGUAAAUUUAACAAUGGACAAUUAGUCAAAUUAGCUCCAGGCUUGCCUCCUGUUAAUCUUCCACCAUCUGUUUGAGUUAUAUCUCAGUCGGCUUUUAAAAGCUAUUAUGGUGGAACGUAUCCAAGGACUUUUGGUGGGGAUGCUUGUGCGGGUGAUACAGACAACACAGUCCCAAAAAUUGCAAGUGCUGCAAAGAAUUAUUAUGUGAAAGAUGGACCGUUUAGCAUUAGUGCUGGGAGGAACACUAUAAGUAAUCAGAAUCUACAGGAAAGCAGGGUGUCAAAGGAUAAUAAGAAUGUUACCGAAGGAAAAGAUGAGUCAGAUCUACAGAUGCAUCCUUUGCUCUUCCGGGCCCCUGAAGAUGGCCCUUUGCCAUAUUAUCAGUCUAACUCUAGUUUUAGUACAUCCAGUUCGUUCAGUUUCUUUUCGGGUUGUCAACCUCAACUAAAUCUUAGCCUCUUUCAUCAUUCACGCCAAUUAGCCCAUACUGUUAACUUUCUUGACAAGUCUUCUAAGCUCAGGGAUAAAACUUCAGUAUCAUCUGGUUUUGACUUUCAUCCACUUCUGUAAAGAACUGAUGAUGCAAAUUGUGACUUGGAAGCUGCAUCCUCUGCUGCACCAACCUUAUGUAUCACAGAGUCAUCAAAAGGAAGGUGCACUCAAGUUCAGAAUGCUGUCGAUAGUAGUUCAAAUGUUGCUUGUUCUAUACCCUCUAGCCCUGUGGGAAAAAGCAAUGAGGUUGACUUGGAGAUGCACUUGAGUUUCACGUCCAGAAAGCAGAAAGCCAUGGGAAGCAGAGGAGUGGCUGACCAUUAUAUGGGAAGAUCACCUACUAGUGCUUCAGAUUCUGGAGCUCAAAAUCAUCAAAUCAAUAGAACUCCAAAUAGAACCACGCAACCCCAUGAUUCAGGUGCUACCGCAAUGAUUUUAUCCAACGACCGAGAAAAUGGAAAUGACCUUGAUUAUAUGGCAGACCAGCCCCUUGCAGAAAUUGUGAUGGAGCAGGAAGAGUUAAGUGACUCAGAGGAAGAAAUAGGAGAGGAGAUAUUUGAAUCCGAGGAGAUAAUUAAUGAUAAAAAUGAGGUGAAACUGAACUUGGAAUUGUCUCGUAAUGCUGCUUGACAAAACAUGUAUUUAAGAUGACUAAGCAGUAUUUAGUCAAUGUAUCCCUGAAGAUAAAUGUGGAGGUUGGAGGAAGAAAUAUUGUGCUGGUUGAUGUGCUCUCUAGACGAAUUUCCCUUGUCAGCGACCGCGCAACUAUCAUUUUUGGUGCAGAUGUCACCUAUCCCCACCCUGGGAGGAUUCUAGCCCGUCAAUUGCUGCGGUGGUUGCUUCUCAAGAUUGGCCUGAGAUUACAAAGUAUGCUGGUUUGGUUUCUGCUCAAGCGCAUAGGCAAGAGCUUAUACAAGAUCUGUACAAGACUUGGCAAGAUCCAGUUAGAGGACCUGUGACUGGUGGCAUGAUAAAGGAAUUGCUUAUUUCCUUCCGUCGAGCAACUGCACAGAAGCCUUAGAGAAUUAUAUUGUACAGAGAUGGUGUUAGUGAAGGACAAUUUUAUCAAGUUCUUCUUUUUGAACUUGACGCAAUCUGCAAGGCAUGUGCAUCUUUAGAACCCAACUAUCAGCCCCCAGUUACAUAGCCAGGGUACUCCGGUAGCCCACGGGAGAGCAUGUACUGCGUCAGGAGGUUUCCAAAGAAGAACCUUUUGAUCCUUUGGCCAACACGGGUGCGGGCCAUCUCCCCUAGCAUGAUCUCACCCACGUUUAUGGGUCGCCCAGUCAUCAAAAAGAAUAUCACACACACUCGAGCUCGAGUGCAUUCACUGGUAUGCUCAACAAGUAUCAAUCUAGCCUGCACAAAGUUUGCCAUACCUUGGCCGUCUUGUUGAAGUCGAAAUGGAGCAUCUCAAGCUGGGCAUCUCCCUUAGUCUGUGUCCACUUCGCAUUAGAAUCAACGCCACAAAGAGUAUGAUGUAUUGUCCGGUAGCGUGGGCUUUUGACGAACUUCUGUAGCCUCCGUGGAUUAGGGCUAUCAACUCCCAAAAAUUCACACAAGGAUCACCUAUCCAGUGGUAUCUCCUUUCCUCGGACUCAUGACUGGAACAUGUCUGUGUUCCAAUUGGCAUACAUCUCUCGCACCUUGCUCAGAUUUGCAGGGCCCGUGCAUUCUAGCUUAUCCAUCUUCAUCUCUACCAACCGGGCAAACAUAUUCGGGAAGUUCUUUUCUAGAGCCUUUAUAUUAAUCCCCUUUUAGGAGACAUAUCUACCAUAUGGCACAAAGUUAUUAUGCCAUUUGAUAGCGUCUUCUCGAACUAGAUCCAACCGAGGCCAUGGGACCGAUGGUGUCCUCGUCGACCCGCUAGCAACCUACUUUCCCUUAGCAUGCCGGGAAGAACCUUCACCCUACUUACGUUUUUUGGGAGGGGGAGCAGUAGUGGAGGAUUUUCCGACCCCUUUUCCUUUGGGAAGGGUAGCAGUAGUUGAGAAUUAUCCAAACGUUUCCAUGGAAAAGGGGUGAGAAAGUCCUCUACUACUACCCCAUCCCAAAAAACGCAAACAGGGUGAAGGUUCUGGAAAAAGGGUGGGAAAGUCCUUCACUACUGCUCCCCCUCCCAAAAAAUGCAAGCAGGGUGAAGGUUUUUCCCAGCAAGCUAAGGGAAAGCAGAUUUCUAGAGGGUCACGAGGACACCAUCGGUCCCACGACCUCGGUUUGGAUCUAGUUCGAGAAAAUGCCAUCAAAAGGCAUAAUAACUUUGUGCCAUAUGGGAGAUAUGUCGCCGAAAUAGGGAUUAAUGUGAAGGCUCUAGGAAAAAACUUCCCGGAUGUGCUUGCCGGUUGGUAAAGAUGAAGAUGGCUAAACUGAUAGACUUCCCGGGCCCUGCAAAUCUGAGCAUGGUGCGAGAGAGGUAUGCCAAUUGGAACGCAGACCUGUUCUAGUCAUGGGUCCAAGGAAAGGAGAUACCACUAGAUAGGUGAUCCUUGUUUGAAUUUUUGGGAGUUGAUAGCCCUAAUCCACGGAGGCUACAAAAGUUUGUCAAAAGCCCACGCUAUCGGACAAUACGUCACACUCUUUGUGGCGUUGAUUCUAAUGCGAAGUGGACACGGACCAAGGGAGAUGCCCACCUUGAGAUGCUUCGUUUCAACUUCAACAAGAUGGCCAGUGUAUGACAACUUCGUGCAGGCUAGAUUGAUGCCCGUUGAGCAUAACAAGGAAUGCACUCGAGCUCGAGUGUGUGUGAUAUUCUUUCUGAUGACUGAGCGGCCCAUAAACGUAGGUGAGAUCAUGCUAGGAGAGAUGGCCUGCACACGCUUUAGCCAAUGGAUCAAGAGGUUAUUCUUUGGAAACCUCCUGACGCAGUACAUGCUCUCCCGUGGGCUAUCGGAGUACCCUGGCUAUGAUGAGGUAGUGGAGGCACUAAUGGCGUUGUUAGACAUUUCAUCCUUGCUGGAAUCCACAUCAAAGCUAAGUCAGGCUGCGAGGAAUGAGAGGGACGAAAACUUCAACAGGUUGGAUGAGCGUAUGCAUCUUUGCAAUUAGCUCUCCAGUUCUUCCAAGGAGAUGUUGGGAAUUACACCGGCAGUCCCAUUCACCCAUCUGAGGAUGAGAACACUCGCAAAGUAUCCGAUGAUGAGGAUGAGAUUGGUGAUGAAGUCAUGGGGCCCAUGACUUUGGUGCCCCCAGAAGCGGAUGAUGAUGAGCCCGAAGCUGCGGCUGGUGGGCAUUCCGAAGAGGAGGAAUUCGACUAGCAGGGAGUUCUUUCUUUCCAUCUUACUUUGUUUUAAUUUUUUUAUGCAUCGGGGACUAUGCAUUAUUUAAGUGUGAGGUGGGGGAAAUACUUUGUGACUUGUAAUUGUAUAAAUUUUUUAUUUAUUGUUAAUUUUUUUAGCUUAGUUAGAACUUA